GAGAGCAAGGUCACACGAGAGCAGUCCAGGGAACGAAAGUAAGAAAGACGUACAGAGGAGAGAGAGAGAGAGAGAGAGAGAGAGAGAGAGAGAGAGAGAGAGAGAGAGAGAGAAAGAGAAAGAAUAGCAGGACAGACUUGGUAGUGUGGAUUAGGGAGUUGAGAAGGUUUCAGUCUUACCUCAAGUUAAUUACCUGUUGCUCACUGGAGGAGAACAAAGAAAGGGUAAACAAUAAGAUCGAGAGAGAGAGCGAGAGGGGGAGAAACCAGGGGUAGAGAGAGAGAGAGAGGGAAGGACAACAGUUGAAUGUUGACAGAGGGAGUGAGGAGAUUAAUCGGGAGAGAAACAAAAAGGAGGAGAGAGAGGGAAGAAAAGAGAGAAAGUGUAGAAAACGGAUAGAUACACAUUGACAGAGUGGACUGGACUUCAAUAAAGCUCUGACAUCAGCUAAAUAAAGGGAGAGAAGAGAGAGAGCGAGAAAGGAGGUCACUGCAGUCCAAAGUAGGUGCUGUGCACUAUAGUUCGCUUAUGCAGGAGAGUUAGGACAAACACAGACAGACAGACGUUCACUGCACGAUUGAACCAUGUUGAUGAAGGAGUACAGAAUAUGCAUGCCACUAACUGUGGAAGAGUAUAAGAUCGGGCAGCUGUACAUGAUCAGCAAACACAGUAGUGAGCAGAGCGGAGGAGGGGAGGGGGUGGAGGUGGUGAGGAACCAACCAGACUCACAUCCCCAACAUGGCCUGGGACAGUUUACUGAGAAACGCAUCCACCUCAGCAGUAAACUGCCAUCCUGGGUGAGUGUGUUUGUCCCCAGGGUCUUCUAUGUGACCGAGAAAGCAUGGAACUUCUAUCCUUACACCAUCACAGAGUACUCAGUGUCGUUCCUUCCCAAGUUCAGCAUCCGUAUUGAGACCAGGUUUGAGAACAACAAUGGCAACAACAAUAAUGUAUUCGGGGAUAGGCCCACCCCUGCAGAGAGCGUGAGCCACCUGGAUAUCCUCGUUGACCCCAUCCCUGACAAACACUACAAGGAGACAGAGGACCUGAGUCGCUGGGUGUCUGAGAAGACGGGCAGAGGCCCCCUGGUGGAAGGGUGGUGGAAGGACAGCACCCCCAUUAUGUGCUCCUAUAAGAGGGUGAAGUGCAGUUUCGAAGUCUACGGCCUCCAGGGCAAGACUGAGGACUUCAUACACAGGAACAUCCAGGACAUCCUACUGGUAGGACACAGACAGGCAGUAGCCUGGACAGAUGAAUGGCACGGGAUGAGUUUGGAGGAUGUGAGGGAGUUUGAGCAACAGAUACAGGAACAGACCAACAGCAAACUCAAAUCAACCCAGAACAACAACACAGCCCCUCGUCCGGCGUUCUCCCGCUCUAUGUCCGUCACAGACGAGCGCUCUCUGAAGAAGAUGGGAGUGAAGACUAUAGCCAUGUCAGACCCCUCCACCUCCACACUGCCUCAUACCACUGUCCGCCUUAACUCCACCCCAGAGUAACACACACACGUUCAUGUUCAUACAGAUGCACCAAUUCCUGCCUGCCUUAAACCCCUCAGUGACAGUAACUACACUGCGACAGUUCCUUUUUUUUACACCAUCCACCACAAACACACUUAACCAAUAAAGCUACACCGUCCACAGAAGCAGCACUUAGAGCACUCACAUGCCUACCCCUAUAUCCAGCUGUAACUAUAUAACCCAUACACCCAACCCCCGGUCCUACCCCUUUCUCCAGCUGUAACUGUAUAACUCAUACACCCAACCCCCGGGCCUACCCCUUUCUCCAGCUGUAACUAUAUAACCCAUACACCCAACCCCCGGUCCUACCCCUUUCUCCAGCUGUAACUAUAUAACCCAUACACCCAACCCCCGGUCCUACCCCUUUCUCCAGCUGUAACUAUAUAACCCAUACACCCAACCCCUGGUCCUACCCCUUUCUCCAGCUGUAACUAUAUAACCCAUACACCCAACCCCCGGUCCUACCCCUUUCUCCAGCUGUAACUAUAUAACCCAUACACCCAACCCCCGGUCCUACCCCUUUCUCCAGCUGUAACGAUAUAACCCAUACACCCAACCCCUGGACCUACCCCUUUAUCCAGCUGUAACUAUGUAACCCAUACACCCAACCGCCGUUCCUAGCCCUUUCUCCAGCAAUCCAUUACUCAAUGCAGCAAAUGGCUCAAGCAGGGCUAACCUUCACUGAUGAGUCAAUAGGAUGUCUGUUUUAAACAUGAUUAACUUCUGAUCUAUGGUAAUGGAUGCAACAUGACCUCUGUACAGGCUGUGGAAUAAUCUAACAUAGUGGAUGAAUAUAAUUUAUAACUAGGUUUAUAUUGAUACAUAUUAUAAAUAUACUGUAUAUUCACCUGUUUAGUCUAUUGUAAUGGAAGUCCAUUCUCAGGUAUCUACCACUUGUAUGAAUGAAUAAAAACCCUUUUCUCGUGUA